ACAGCGCCGCCCGGCCAAGUCAAAUCGAAUGGUUUGUCUGCAGUUAGACAGACGUGGUACUGUUUUGCUAAGAGUUCGGUGGAGGGGACUUCUCCUCGUGUUUAACACUAUAAAAGGUGGACAUCAGGUUAAGAAAUCUUCUCUGAUAAACCUGGCAGAGGAUUCACCAUGGAGACAGUAUCAGUUUCAAGACGGAACCACACUAAUAAGAAGGAAAACAAGGAGAAUGCUCAGCCAGCAUUUGGAAGCGAGUCUGUCACUAAAAGAGAAAAAAGAACGGCUCCUCCCUUCCAACUGAAAGGUAACAAAAAGGAGGAAACCCUGGCAAAAAAUGGUCCUCUUAAAGCCAAGGAAAAACAAGCAGACACAAGAUCAAUGGUGGCUCUGAAAAAGACUGUGCAGAUAACCAAGAAAGGAGAUGUCAAGCAGCGUCUAACACACAGCCAGGCCUUCCUCUCUGAACAGGCUGUCAAACACAGGAAAAUGGUUGCAGAAGCUCCAAAGCCUCCAGCUCCAAAGCCUCCAGCUCCUGUGCCGUCAUCAAAAUCUGCUCCAGGCAUGUACAAAGGCAAGAUUGUUCAGUCAAAGAUUGGAUCCAUCUGGAAGUCAAGUUCCAGUAUAUCUGAUGCGGAUCCGAAACCAUCUGCACCAAAAGUAGAGGGUCAAAGGGUUGGGAACAUGACUAAAAGCAGGUCCAAGUCUGUGGCUGACCAACUGAGGAAUGACGCACACAAACCUGCGCCUACAAGGUCCAAGUCAGUGUCUGAGAGACGUGUUCAGGUGUCCAAGCCUUCCAUCACCAGCCGUCCUCCGGCUGGAUUCCGAUCUGCUCGCCCUCCUGCCAGAACUGUCCCUGCAACACUGACCAGUACAGAGACCAGAAAAGAUAAAGCUGCUGCCAUCAAGGGAUGUCCGAUUUCAAGGCCAAAGGGUCCAGUGAGAGACGGGAAGGUCAACAAACCUCCAGUCUCGAGCACCAUCAGUCAGUUCAGGUUAAACUCAGAGACAGCUGAAGAAAGAAGAGCAAAACUAGCAGACUGGCUUGCUUCCAAGGGCAAGACAAUGAAGAGACCAGCCAUGACGACAGCACCUGCAACACAAUCAAAGAAAGUCUCUACAAAACCUAAAGCUGAACCCAAACCACAGUCUCGGGCUGAGUCUCAGCCAGUUAUGCAAUGCAACACUAAACCUGUACCUAAACCCAGUGUUGAAGCUCACAAGCCAGAUGCUGCUGCUGCUGCUCUCUGUGCAGACACGCAGAGAACAGAGGUGAUGACACAGAUCCAGACUCCAGCAAUAAUGAACACAACUCUGGACCUGCUGGAGAACACUAAUGAAGAUCUCUUUGAUGGCCAGCAGGGUGGAGUGGAGGAUAUUGUUGUGAAUCUGUGUGAUGCUUUGGAGGCCAUGGCGACACCCUCUAGAUGCAGUGAAGUGUCAACGGGGACAGACGUGUGCAGUGAGGUUGAAGUUGAGAGCGAAACGAUGGAUGGAUGUAAAGAGGAGGUGAGGAAUGAGAAGCCUGAGGAUGUUAGUGAGCAGCUGAAGGCUGAGCAAGUGAAGGACGGAGCAGGAAGUGAUGAAGAUGAAGUGGAGCUGGAUGAGGAAGCAGAAAGUGAUGGAGGUGUGAUGGAGACAACGCCGCAGAGAGAGGAUGCUUCAGUCGUGAAGUACAGUGUGAAGACUACGCCAUACCUGCAAAGUGUGAAGAAAACCAUUGAAGGUGAGGUCAGCACAAGCACCUCCAGGAAGAGGAGUAACAUCAAAGAUCUGAAGUUUCUGACGCCUGUGCGUCGUUCCUGUCGCAUUGAGCGGAAAUCGUCCCGCCUGCCAUCGAUGCUGGUGGAUCACGAUCCCUGUGUGACGUCACUGGCUGAGCUGGUGAAACUAGACGAAGAUUCAAAUGCCUACAUUUACAGGAAAAACCCUGCACUGUUGGAAGAUCUGCCUGACCAGCCCAGAAUGUAAAGAGAUCUGUGUUAAUAUGUGCUGUUUUAAAAUAAUCCUUUAAAAUAUAUGCGACUGUGACACUUUAAAAUGUUACCUUUUUUAAGUGGUUUUACUAAUUUGAAUGUGUGUAUAAGCUAAGAUUUGUGCCUUUCAUUUAUAAUAUUUUAACAUCUUCUUUUCUAAAUGUUCUUUUCUGAUGUAUGAUGAAGAGUUUGUCUCAGUAACGCUGUUGUUCAUUCUAACAAAGAUGCCUUGUUGCCCAACACACUUCAAUAAAAGAAUACUGCCUGAUCUUAAAUUAUAA